AUGGAAUUUGUGUCCACAAUAAGAUGUAGUGCCAGUUUUUUUCCCAUGACACUAAUCCCUUGCUGCGGCCACUUAGAGACGGUGCAGGUAAAAGACAAUGAAUUGUUUAUUAGUGUCACGGGUGAGGAGACAGAGAAGACUGCUCGCUUGCUAUCUACCAAAAAUGUCAUGAACCAAUAUUUGGUGGAAGGCAAGGAUAUCAUCAUUGAAUACAAAAUCUACAAUGUAGGAGAAAGUGCUGCAACUGAUGUUAAAUUGAAGGAAGAGGGCUUCCCUGAAACUGACUUCACAGUUGUGCAAGGUUUCUUGGAUGUUCAGUGGGACAGAAUUGCACCAAAGACUAAUGUGUCACAUGCCAUUGUGAUGAAGCCACUCAGAUAUGGCUUUGUAAACUUCACUGCUGCGGAACUGACUUAUCUGCCAAGAGAAGAUGCCCCAGAAAGAUUGGUUGGCUACACUAGUGCUCCAGGAAAAAGUGGUAUUAUUAACCAGAAAGAUUUUGAGCGGAGAUUCUCCCCACAUGUGCUUGACUGGUUGGUGUUUGCCAUCAUGACUCUGCCAUCUUUGGGAAUUCCUUACAUGCUUUGGUACAGCAGUAAAAGAAAAUAUGACACUUCUGUUUCUAUCUAUCUAUAUUUCUAUAUAUCUAUCUAUCUAUCUAUCUAUCUAUCUAUUUAG